UCAGCUGUCAACAAAAUUUUUAGAUUAGAUUACUGAUUUUUUCUGAUAAAAUAAUAAAGUAUUACCUAAAUUCCAGUCGAAAAUGUGUUAAGAUGUGUGAGUUAAGUGCACAGUUCGUGUUGUUGUUGAGUUGUUACACUUACGAUAGAGACUACACGUAAAUUAUGAGUUAAAACAAAUCCAAGUGGAAUUUAUUUAGUUUGUAGGAUUAUUUAAUUUUGGUAAUGAUUAUUUCGUUGUAUAUAUUUUUAUGCGUUGGAUUAUUUUGUUAGUUUCAUUUAAGGAAUUAAUUAGUUUAACUAGUUAAAAAUGACUCAAGGAAAGAUUACAAGAAAGUGGGAGGCUUUCCCAGGAAGAAACAGAUUUUACUGCAAUGGCAGGUUGAUGACUGCCCCAAACUCGGGGGUGUUUUUAUUAACAGUUUUUUUAAUUACUGGAACAAGUGCAUUAUUUUUUAUAUUUGACUGUAAAUAUUUGGCAGAGAAUGUUACAAUAGCCAUACCAAUAAUUGGUGCAUUUUUGUUUAUAUUCACAAUGUCUUCCUUGCUACGAACCAGCCUUACAGACCCUGGAAUUAUUCCCAGGGCGACGAAUGAAGAGGCCAAUUAUGUUGAAAAGCAAAUAGAGGUAACAAAUUCGGCGAACAGCCCGACGUACAGGCCGCCGCCGCGGACGAAGGAGGUGCUGAUCAAGGGCCAGACGAUCAAACUGAAGUAUUGUUUCACGUGCAAGAUAUUCAGGCCGCCGAGGGCGUCCCACUGCAGCCUGUGCGACAAUUGCGUCGACCGGUUCGAUCAUCACUGUCCGUGGGUGGGAAACUGCGUCGGAAGAAGGAACUACCGGUUCUUCUACAUGUUCAUAGUAUCCUUAGCCUUUCUGGCCGUAUUUAUAUUUGCUUGUGCGAUAGCGCACUUAAUACUAAUUACGAAAGAGGACCGACAAUUUCUGGACGCAAUCAAGGAGUCGCCCCCGAGUAUAAUCGUCGCUCUGAUAUGCUUCUUCAGCGUCUGGAGUAUCUUGGGACUAGCCGGAUUUCACACUUAUCUAACGACCAGCAAUCAAACCACGAACGAAGAUAUUAAAGGUUCAUUCACGAGCAAACGAGGACAGGAAAGCUUCAAUCCUUACUCGCAGGGCAACGUUUGUUUUAAUUGUUUUCAUAUUUUGUGUGGUCCUUUGACUCCCUCACUCAUUGACAGGAGAGGACUGUUGACUGAAAGCUACAUGGCCGAGCUUAGUCGACCAGUGAUCUUAGAACCAGCGUUGCCAGUAAAGAAUUAUGGAGCAAACGUUCAAAAUGGACCGACCCACAUCACGAUGAACGCCAACGACCUGCCGGGAAUCUACAGACAGACGACCGAAACAACGGAGAGCAACGCGGGCAGCGUAACGCACCUGGUGACUAGCGAGCAACCUCUGGCAAUCGCCCCAGCUUUGCAAAGACCGUCCGUCACGGACGCCCAUUACAAAUCACAGCCGAGCCUCAACCAGUUCCCGGUCUACAACAACAUUGCGCCGCCAGUGCAAAUGCAGCGUCUAAAGUCGCAGAGCUACGCCGACAACCUCAACGCCACUCCCCCAGCGGAGAACAAGCCGGAGAUCAAACCGGUGAACGUCGAGGACCUGCACCUGGACCCGGUGGUGUUGCGGGCCGGUCCGAACAACGCGACAGCCAAGUACCCGGACCUGAAGCUCGACAACGACAUGACGCUGCAGGACAAGGAGAACCACCUGCUCAGCGCGCAACGGCUGCGUCUGCUUCAGGACACGACCAUGAUCGAGAGCGCACUCGAUCUGGACUCGUUGGACGACUCGAGCUUGGGGACGAACAGUCAGGCGGGACUGAUGAAGGUUGUGGUGUAGUCGGACUGCGGAAGUGCCAGAGGACGGAUUUUUCGGUUUUGGGUGCUCGAAUCGCCGGGCUUGUGUCUUAAUUUUUAAUUGAGGCGGUAUGCUCGUUACACGUAACUUUAUAAGAAAUUUAGCUGGCAAAUUACUUUUAAAAUUACCGGUCUAACGAGGAAUAUUUUAUCCUGUUGAGGAUAAGUUGUAUAAAUAUUACUUCCCAAUCAUAAAUUGUUAUUGAUACAAGCCUGUUAACCAAAUUGUACAGUUACACAUAGAACUUUAUGUGCUUUAAACGUAUGUGUGACAAAUAUUGUGAUAAAUUUACAUAACACCUUCAAGCUCAGUAACUUUAACCCAUCACUACUUCUUAAAUUGUUAUCACAGCCAGAGCAUUGCAUCACAAAUUGAGAAUAAUUUAGAGCGUUGUUUUCAACAUAUUUAGUUUAAGGAAACAGUUUAAAGAAGAGUAAUUUGAACAAACUAAAAAGGUGGACAAAAACAUAAUGAUCUCAUUUUUUUUUAAACAAGAUGAUCAAAUGUCCCCCUCAAAUACUUCUUCUUUAGAACGGAAAAAGAUUUAUUUUAUGUUUUAGAUGAAAAUUUAUUUAUUUUUGUAUAUUAGUUGUAUAUGUUAUAAGAGUCUGUUUUUAUGUGAGUAUAUCCUAACACAGCUAUUUUAACAUACCAAACUGUUACGUCAGUUGUUCCACUGUAUGAUUUCACUAGUACACAUACGGGUAUUUCGUUAAUUUUCGUAAUAUAAUUUCUUUAGUAAACAUUUUUUUGAACACUUAUGUACAGUGGAACACAGUGGAUUUGUAUAAAAAUGUUAAACUGUAGAAUAAAUCAAGGAUCUUUAUACGUUUCAAAUAUUAACUAAAACUUGUACAUUGUGCUAUAACUGGUGAAAGAUCUUGAUACUUCUUCAGUGAAUCAAUUCUUCUAUAUUACAUGUUGCUGUUAUAUACUGUAAGCUUAAUUCAAGUUAUAUUUGUCAUAUGUAAGCUCAAAUUAUAUUUUUGCUAUGCGCUGAUAUUAAAAAAACGUAAAAAUGACAAUAUUUUCCAAGUCUUGCAUUGUAAAUUUAUUUGAUAUGAAUUUCAGAAUUGUUUCAAUUGUUAAUGUAAGCAAUAUAAUAAAAGACUAAUGCAUAAAUAUAUUUUGUAAAUCAACAAA